UUCCCCAUCGCCUUGCAACGGAGGCACCAAAAGGUACUUCUCGUGUAACACGGAGGAAUGUCCGGGCGGCGAAAACUUCAGAGCCGAACAAUGCGCGGAAUACAAUCACAUGUCAUUUCAAGGGGUUUACUACCAGUGGGUCCCAUACAAGAAGGCAGAAGAGAAAUGUGUCUUGAACUGUAUGCCAGUUGGAGAAAGAUUUUACUACAGGCACCAGGAUCAAGUUAUUGACGGUACACCUUGUAGUGAUGAAGGAAGGGACGUUUGUGUCAACGGAAAAUGCAUGUCAGUUGGCUGUGAUAAUCUGCUCGGAUCAAAAAUGAGGGAAGAUGUAUGUCGAGUUUGUGGUGGUGAUGGAUCGACAUGCACAACAAAAUCGGGCGUAAUAGAAAAAAAUGCACUCUUCAUAGGCUAUGAAGACCUAUUUAUAAUUCCGACCGGAGCAACAAACAUCAGAGUGCGAGAAAAAUCACCUUCAAACAACUAUUUAGCUGUGAGAAAUAAGAACGGGCAUUUUUAUCUGAAUGGAAACUGGAAAAUAGACUACUCUCAGAGCUUAAAGUUUGCAGGAACAAUUUUUGUUUAUGAAAGGAAAAGUUUUCCUUUCUUAGCUUCUGAGUCUAUCUCAGCUCUUGGCCCAACGAAUGAAGCCCUUUACAUAGUAAUGUUAUACCAAGAACCAAACCCUGGUAUUGAAUAUACAUACAGUGUUCCAAAAGGAUCAUUCUUGGAAACACCAAAUGAAGGAUAUGUUUGGGCGUAUGACAGCUUUUCAGAGUGUAAUGUGACUUGUGGGCAAGGCUACCAAUUUCGAAGAGUUUGGUGUUCUCAAGGGAGAAAUGAAGUUAGUCUAGAUCUUUGUGAUAGUGGCUCAGAACCCACUUCAAUAAAUAUCUGCUCCAAGCCAGUAUGCCCUGCAAAAUGGUAUACAUCAGAUUGGUCUAGAUGUUCUGAACCUUGUGGUAAAAAGGGCACAAGGUCUAGACAGGUGAUUUGCCAACAAGAAGUAGGACUGGGAGCAAUUAGAGUGGAUGAAUCGCUCUGCUUGCUUACAGAAUCUGAACCACCGACUGUCGAAGAGUGCGAGGAAACUGGCCCUUGUCCCACUUGGCAUGAGGGACCAUGGAAACCUUGUGAUCAUCUUUGUGGAAAAGGAAAACAAAGGAGAGAAGUUCAUUGCUACAAAAAAACCAACGGUUUAAUCGAAGUGCUUGAUAAAGAAUAUUGUGCUGAAAAAAUGCCAGAAACUGAAAAAAGCUGCAACUUGAGACCGUGUGAAGGAUUGGAUUGGAUAACUAGUGAUUGGUCUGGAUGUAGCGAGAAGUGUGGAGUUACAUUUGAAACGAGAACAGCGCAAUGUGCUAAUGAAAAAGGAGUUGUAUUCCCUGAUUCCAUGUGUCAGGAAAAUCUAAAGCCUGAACUAAAACGUAACUGUGUAGUUAGUCCUUGUGCAAGUCAGUGGUUUGCAUCACAGUGGAGCCCUUGUUCAGCUAAAUGUGGUGUUGGAAUUCAAUCGAGAGACGUUUUUUGUGUCUCAUUUGAAAGCGACACAUUGGUCAAAGUAGACGAAAGCAAAUGUGACCCAAAACUAAAAUAUGAUAAUCAAAAGGAAUGUAAAGUUGAGGAAGAAUGCAAGGGAGAAUGGUUUGCUGGGCCGUUUGGCGAGUGUUCCAAACCAUGUGGUGGUGGUCUGAAAGAGAGAAAAGUUAUGUGUUUAAAAAAUAGCACUACAGUUAACCUUGCUGAAUGUGAUGAAAGUAAAAUCAUAUUAAAAGUAGAAGAUUGCAAUAAAGAACCCUGUGGUGAAGAUCACAUAAUUCCUGUGUCAACAGACCAAACUAUUUUGGAAGAAGAUUCUGAAGAAUGUGACUAUGAUGAUUAUGAUUAUGAAGACACAACAUCAAGUGAAAUUGAUAUUCUUAAAGAGGUGUCAUUUGGAAGUGAAGGUGAUGAUGGUUCAGGAGAUUUGCCAAGCGAACCUGAUUUAAAUGUAUAUAUGACAACAACAGGUGACAUUUUACUUCGUGAUGAACCACAAAAAGAAGCUAUUGGUAGUUCAGAAACAACACAAACUUCGGAUUCACUAACCACUUCAUCUUUAUCAAUGUCAAUGGUCACAAGUGAUAGUACAUCAUCAGAUCUUCAGUCAUCUUCAACAUUAUCAGGGUCUUCUAUGGAUGGAAGUUCGUCAUCAAUGGAUGGCACAUCACUUAGCUCAAGUUAUUCUUCAUCAGAAGCGACCUCUGAUUUUACUCAAUCAUCUACAGAUUCAUCUACAGGUUCAUCUACAGAUUUAUCUACAGAUUCAUCUACAGAUUUAUCUACAGAUUUAUCUACAGAUUCAUCUACAGAUUUAUCUACAGAUUCAUCUACAGGAUCAUCUGUAGAUUCAUCUUCAGUCUCAUCUUUAACUUCAGAUUCAUCCUCAGCAUCAGAAACUUUAACAACAACCAGUGAUUCAUCUACCACCGAAUCUUCUGUUUUCAGUUCAUUUUCUACUUUCAGUACUCUUUCAUUUUUCACAAGUGUAUCUACUGAUGAAAGUACAUCAUCACCAAGUGAAGGAAGUUCUCUAACGACUGGAACAGGCUUCAGCGACGUAACAUCCUCUGAAUCUUCUGAAUCCUCAGAAACUGUUGACUUGACAACAUUUGAUGAGACUUCUUCUUCUGAGCCUUCAUCAAUAUUUGUGGAUACUAGUUCCACUCCAUCUGAAUCAUCCACCCCAACGGAUACAACUGAUGAAAGUAGUGCAACAUCAGAGUGGACACCAGUUGUUUAUGACCUAACAACAGAAAGUCCCAUUGAUGCUGCCAUCACCAAGGAACAAAAAGUCAGAAAAUGCAAGAAGAGGAGAGAAAGAAGCAAAUGUGCAAAAUCCAAAUUUGGUUGUUGUCCUGACAAGAAAACUAAAGCUAAAGGACCAUUUGGAAAAGGUUGCUCUGUUCCAAAGACUUGUAAAGAAGCUGAAUUCGGAUGUUGCCUUGAUGGACUUUCCUCGGCCAAAGGCCCCAAAUACAAAGGCUGUCCAAAACCUGACUGUGAUCAAACUCUAUUUGGAUGCUGCAAAGAUGGUGUUACAGCAUCCAAAGGAAAUUAUUAUGAAGGAUGCCCUGAGGAACCAACCACUAUGGUUGACUGUAUGAUGAGCAAGUGGGGAUGUUGUCCUGAUGGUAUUUUAUCAGCGAUGGGACCUAACCAAGCAGGCUGUGUGUGUGAUAAUUGUGUUCCUUGUAAUGAGGCUGAGUAUGGGUGCUGUCCUGACAGAGUUACUACAGCAACAGGGCCAAAUUAUGAAGGGUGUAACAUUCUUGAGAGACCAGAUUGCAAAUCUACUGAACAUGGGUGCUGUCCCAAUGGGCUUACAGCAGCAGAAGGGCCAGAAAAUAAGGGAUGUGCAAGUUGUCAAGAAACAGAAUUUGGUUGUUGUCCUGAUGGAGUCAAGAGUGCCUUGGGUGAUAAUAGCUUUGGCUGUGAGCCAGUUUGUGCUUCAAGUCAAUUUGGAUGCUGCCCAGACCAAGUUACUAUGGCCCAUGGUCCGCAUUAUGAAGGAUGUUGUCUGGCCUAUCAAUUCGGGUGUUGUCCUGACCAUAUAACACCUGCGAGAGGUCCAAAUAAUGAAGGUUGCGAAUGCACACAUUCACCUUAUGGUUGUUGCCCUGAUAAUACAACAGCCGCUAAGGGCUACAACAAAGAAGGUUGUGGAUGCCAACACUCAGAACACGGCUGUUGCCCUGAUGACAUGACAGCUGCACAAGGGCCUGAAUUUGAAGGUUGUCCUUGCAGCACUUUCCAAUUUGGAUGUUGUCCAGAUGGUGUAACUAGAAUCCAAAGUCCUUAUGAUGUUAAUUGCCGAUGUGAAACUACACCAUAUGGUUGUUGUUCUGAUGGAGUUACCACAAAACUUCACCCAGAUGAAAAAUGCUCUUGUGAAGCAACUAAAUAUGGCUGUUGCCAUGAUGGCUAUACCGAGGCUCAAGGAGACAACUUUGAAGGUUGUGAAAAUGUACCACCUAAAGGAGAAAUAUGUAGUUUGCAAAGGGAUGCUGGUCCUUGCAGGGACUUUGCCACGUUUUACUUUUUCGAUAUGCAAUAUGGAGGUUGUGCUAAAUUCUGGUAUGGUGGCUGUGAAGGAAAUUUGAACAGGUUUAAAACACAGGAAGAAUGUCAUUCACGCUGUGUCGUACUUCCUGGAAAAGAUGCUUGUACUCUUCCCAAAAGUGUUGGUGCCUGUUCAGGACAGCAUUCAACACUUGCUUGGUAUUUUGAUAAUGAAUCCAAGCGUUGUCAAGAAUUCUAUCAUUCUGGCUGCCUCGGAAAUAAUAACCGGUUUGAUACACGAGAACAAUGUGAAGAACUCUGUGGAUCUCAGGAUCAUCUAGACGAAUGUGAACAGUCCCUUGAGCCUGGACCGUGUCACGGUCAAUUCAGAAGGUGGUAUUUCAACAAACAAGACAAAACAUGUCAAGAAUUUGUUUAUGGAGGUUGUAAGGGUACCAAGAAUAACUUUAUGACAGAAGCUGCAUGCAAGUACAGGUGUAUGCGGCCUCCAACAACAGCACCACAAGAAUGUUUCGCACCUAAACAGACUGGCAACUGCACUGAUAAAAUUCCUAAAUGGUACUUUGCAAUGCCCCAACAAAAGUGCAUGCCAUUUUACUACACUGGAUGUAAUGGUAAUGGAAACAGUUUUAAUUCUCAAGAGGAAUGUGAAACAAAUUGUCCAAUACCUAAAGAAACAAAUAUUUGCACGUUACCCGCUGUGGGAGGUGGUUGCUCUAACUAUACCAGCAGAUAUUAUUAUGAUACUGCUAAAAAGUCUUGUGAGCAUUUCUAUUACGGAGGGUGUGAAGGUAAUGAAAACAACUUUUUAACACAAAAUGAUUGUAUGCGACGGUGUGGACAGGGAUCGUAUGUAGAAACACCUGAAGAACCAUUUUCAACAGAUAUGUGUGUGUUGCCACAAGAAAGGGGUAGAUGUAAUGAAUAUUACCAUCGAUACAGUUACAAUCAUGCCGACGGAACUUGUAAGCCAUUUACGUACACUGGAUGUGAAGGCAAUGGAAACAACUUUGAAACAGAAGAGCAAUGCCAACAAUCUUGUGGACAUACUCAAGACAAAUGCAGCCUACCCCGAGUUGCUGGCCCAUGUGAUAAUUGGACGCCACAAUAUUAUUACGACCCAUCCAGUGAUCGAUGCCUUUCAUUUAACUAUGGCGGAUGCUUGGGUAAUUCCAAUCGGUUCAAUACAAUUGAAGAAUGUGAACACGCUUGUAAAAGAAGUGAAGAACCGCCACCAGAACCACCACGCCCAUCUCCAGACCACAGGACCUACUCAAAUAUCUGUUUGUCACCAGUUGAUCCUGGUCCAUGCCUCGAACAAAUACCUUCUUGGCACUACGAUUCCCAAACUGGAGAAUGUAAAUCUUUCUUAUAUGGAGGAUGCGAAGGCAAUGCAAAUAGAUUUCUUUCAGAAGAACAGUGUGAAAGGCAAUGUGGUGAAUACAGAUCACAAGAUGCUUGCAGUGGUUAUUCAGUCUCUGGCACUUGCCAUGACUCACAGCUUAAAUAUUUCUUCGAUUCGGAAAGAGCAACAUGCUCGCCAUUUACUUACAGUGGAUGUGGAGGAACGGCAAACAGAUUUAGCUCAGUGGCCGAAUGUGAAUCUAUGUGUCGAGCCUACAUAGAGCCAAAACCAUACAAAGGACGGCAUAGUGAAACAGCAACAACAGAUAUCUGUACUCAACCAAUGGAGCCUGGCAAUUGUGACACCCAUUUAACAAGAUGGAUAUAUGAUGAUGAGGAGAGAACUUGCAUUUCAUUCUUGUAUACUGGAUGCGGUGGUAACUUCAACAAUUUUGAAACAAAUGAAGAGUGUAUGAAUUUCUGUGUUUCAAAUGAUAUUGACGUCGGACCCGAUGUUCCGACCAAAGAUUGCCGAGCCGUCGAGGAUGAUUGUCGAAGGAUGACUCAUUGUCAAUACGGUAUCGAACGUUGGGUAGAUGAUAAUGACUGUGAAAAUUGUCGAUGUAACAAUCCUUGCGAACCUUCACCCUGUAGUCCUCAUGCAUCAUGCGAAGUUGAGCGAACUGAAGGAAAUGAAUUUAAGGCAGUUUGUACUGGAGAUGAGCACCAACAUCAUCCUGGUGUUUGUCCACAUCUUGGCCCUGAACAUCAAGAUUGUAACAACGAGUGUGAAUAUGACUCAGACUGUAAAAUCUACGAGAAAUGUUGCUAUAACGGUUGCGGGUUGACGUGCAUUCCUGCAGUCUCAGAAGUGGUUACACAAGCACCAAAUACUUAUGCCUAUAUAUUAGAUGAUACACCAUCAGAAGCCGAAGAAGAAGAAGGAAAUAUGGUAUCAUUUGAAUGCAAUGCACAUGGUUCUCCAGCUCCAAAAGUGGAAUGGAAGCGAAAUGGACAAACUAUAACUGCAUCGGAAAGCAGCAAAUAUAGAGUGGCAAAAGAUGGAAAACUAGAAAUAAUCGGUUUAGAAAUAGAAGAUGAUGGUGAAUAUGUAUGCGAGGCAAGUAAUGGAGGAGUACCAGCUACCAGGCUGUAUCAUUUGACUGUCAGAGAGGGGACAACAAGGCAAGUUACUGUUGUGAACAAUCCAGACGAAAAGGAAAUAAUCGCAACAAUCAACAACCCUGUUGUCUUGCGAUGCUAUGCCAUCGGCUUCCCAGCACCUUCAGUAAGUUGGUGGAAGGGAGAAAAGGUACUGCUCAGAAGCGACGGUAUAGAACAAAGGCGUGACAACAGCCUUUAUAUUCAAAGAGUCUCACCGAAACAUCUCGGAUACUAUACUUGUCAACUUUACAAUGGUGGUGGGAGCGCCGCAUCUUUUACACUAACGCUUAAAAUGUACGGCCCAAUAGAUCCGUAUGAUCCUAACGAUCUAACAUCUAACCAGUUCCUCGUGCCAAGCCCUAAGGGCCCACCUGUCGAGGACAGGCCUCGCCCUCCACCUUACCAUCCUCAAGUUCCAGUGCAGGUUCAUGCAUCAUCAACUGCCCAUAAAAUAACACAAGGAUCAAAUGUGACACUUAAUUGUUCAAGUAGUGCUGGAAAUCCAGUUCCAGAAUACACAUGGCUGAAAGACAGUAUCCCCCUUUAUUCUGAUGACAGAGUUUUCGUGCAAAACAAUUGGGUAAUAAUAACAAAUGCUCAACCUUCGGAUAGUGGUGAAUAUACUUGCGUUGGUGAUAACAGACAUUCAAGUGCUCAGUCCUCCGUUGCGAUCGAAAUUGAAUCGGCAAUACCAGCAAAUUGUACGGACAGCCCUUAUUUCGCUAACUGCGAGCUUAUUGUGGGGGCCAACUACUGUAACCACGAAUAUUACGCCAAGUUUUGUUGCAAGUCAUGCACCGAAGCUGGGAAAUUUAGCGGUUUGCACCACAGAAGGACUAGGUCAAUUGUUGAUUUCAUCCAAAUGCAACGAAUAAAGAACAUGUUGCCAUCAAGGACAAUUAAGGAUUUAAAAAACAGACAAUAACGGCUUGAAAUAAAUAACAUAGCUUUUUACGAUAGAACAAAAAUUAAUUAGUUCCUUUUUCUUUAUAACGCUGUCUUUUGAAACAUGCCAUUUAUUCCUUUUUUGUUGUUUCUUGUUUGCCUCUGCGGCCAAAUAACUUUAAUUAUUACUAAAUUAUAAUCACAAAUGAAUAUCAUUAAAUUAAUAUCAUUUCAUUGUAGGUGUCUUGUUUUUGUUGUCUUUUUGUUUUAUAUAAAAGCAUUACUAGUAAAAUAAAUCAGCAAUAAACACACUUCCCUGAAAUAAUAAUAAUAAAUAAAUAUUGGAUCUGACCAAUAUUCUAUUUAUCAAGUCACUUCAUUUACGGGCUUUCUUUAAAAACAAAUUCCUUAAGACAACCUCAUUGUGUAAUUUAUAAUGUCAUAAUGUUAAUUUAUAUUAAGUACCAACUACAUCAGAAAUAUUUUGUUUUGCAACAUUUCACAAUUAAAUAAUAUCUUAAUAUUUAUUUAACAAAAGUGAGAAAUAUAAGAAACUCUUCUUCAAACAUUGCUUAAGCUGAUGAUGAAAUAAAUUUCUGUAAAUAUUGUCUAGAAUAAAGUUGUAACCGUUCCCUCUUUCCGUUAAUGUUUAACACAAUUUCAAUUUGUUUUGAUUGUUAUUUAAAUUAAUAUGUUUAAUUCUUUGUAAUCUAAUUUUAUCAAUCAUGUACUUUUUUUACUAAUUUUCUUAAAAUUUCCAUUCAAGCAUCAACAAUAAUAGACGUUUUAUAUUAUUUAAUUGUACGAAUAGUUAAUAAUGGCAAAACAGACCAAAAUAAUUGUAUAAAAAUAUAUUAUAAUUCUAAGUCACAAUGAAAGUUUAUUUAAUAAUAGUAUAUAAUGUUUGUAAGUAGUUUACAAUAGAAGUUUUAGUGUAUAGAAACUUUUUUAAACUUUUAUAUUUUGUCUAAUCUUUCAAAGAUUUUUAUAUAUAUGUAUACACAUUUUCUCUGGUGCUAAAUUAUUUGUAUCUCUUUUAUUAUUUUUGCCCUGAAAUUGCAUCGUUUUAGAUAUUUUCAGUAUGCCACAAGUGCCUUCAACUUUAUUCUCUCAAUUUCUCUGUGAUAGCUGAUAAAUAAUUUCUUAAUAUUUUAAAAUAUAAUCCAUUUGCCUCCUUACUCCUGACAUACUGUAUUUUUGUCUGUAAAUAUAUAAAUAAAUUUGCA